UAUUUUGCAGAUUUGAUGGUACUACAAGUUCAGUGAAAAUUCUUCUAAUGCAAUAGACGUCCACUGCAAUAUAUGAUGUUCAGUUGAAUGCAGACAAUUAAUCCAAUCCAAAAAUAUGAUAGCAUAUAAGUUCACGCUCAUCCUGGUGCUGGGAUUAGUUAUAUCAGUCAAAGGCGAACAAAUAGUAAAUGAAGUCGAAGAUAGAAUAGGUAAAGAAACAGAAUCUACUGAUAAAACUACCUUGGAAAAGUCCCAACCAUAUUCAAGAGCUAAAGACGAGCCUUCAUUUUUUUCUAAAGUAGCAAACUGGUUCAAUCCAUUUGGAAGUACUUCAGAGAAAAAGAACGAUUUAGAGUCAGCAGAAACAGGAUACAGUGGGUCAUAUUAUCUCCCCCCUUCAUCUCCAGACAGUAGUUAUGAGAGAGAUUGUAAUCCAUGCAAUCAAGAACCUUGGGUUCCUAUAGCCGGCCAUAAAAAAACCAUCAGCUAUGCACCUCUAAAUGAAUAUCCAAGCUCGCUAUCGGAUAUACAUACCGUCGAAACAUUUUUCGCUCCAGGGAAUACAUUCAAAGGCACUUCUAGUAUAUUCAGCCUACCAUCACCAUACUUCAAACAAAAACUAGAGCAUGACUUCACUAAGCCGAUAUAUGGUCCACCCAGAUCAGAAUACGGACCACCAAGGGUUGAAUAUGGACCACCCAAACCCGAAUAUGGAACACCCAAUCCUGAAUACGGGCCACCCAAACCUGAAUACGGGAUACCCAAACCUGAAUAUAGGCCUCCCAAACCUGAAUACGGGCCUCCCAAACCAAAAUAUGGACCACCCAUACCGGCAUAUAUUCCUCCUCCCUCGAAAUUUAACAGCGCACCAAUAUUGAUAGCAGACUACAUGCUACCCCCUCCGAUCAAUUUCAAAAUUCCUUCACUGAUAUACGGACCACCAAAAGAUAGUUAUGGUCCUCCAAAACCAGUAUAUGGUCCACCUGGUUUGAAACCAGUCCAUAGCCCACCACCUCAAAAACCUGUUUAUGGUCCACCUACAAAUCAGAAAUAUGGUCCGCCUCCAAGCCAAAAUUACGGACCACCACCUAGACAAUACUACGCUCCACAACCUGCCCCUAAUUAUGGGCCACCUCCAAAAUAUGGUCCGCCAAAACCAGUUUAUGGGCUUCCAUUAUUGGGUCAAGCUACGCCACAGAAUUUGCCAAAGAAUAAUGUUCAGAUACCACCAGUGAUAUCUCCAGUACUUACCAAAGAUUUAAUACCUCCGCAAGGCGGAGUCAUCAACAUUCCACUCCCAACAAGUCCAACUGUGUUUUCUGAAGUAAAUGCUGCCGACCACGUUCCACCUGCUAUUCCCUCUGAUAGCUACGGUGAUCCAGUAACUGGUGACAAUUUGGCAUUCCUAGUACCUUUUGAUACAGUAUCCGCUUCGAGUGGAAAUAGCGAUGUUUUCAAUAGACCUCUUUCUCUAACAAAUCUGAGCCCUGUGCCUGUAUUACCAAUGUAUGAAUUCAAAAACUUCAAUCAGGGCUUCCGUUCGAAGAGUUUAGAUUAUCAACCACCACAACACCAGAGCAAUAGCGUUCAGAUACAAGAAAGCGUGAAGGUUGCUGACUAUCUGGCUUCAAUAGAACACCCUGUAAGUGUAGUCCAAUCGCCGCUCAUUGAGUUAUCAGUCAUGGAAGAGCCAGAGAGUAGAAAUCAUCGUUAUCCAGAUUCGGAUAAUAAUUUUCAAGGCGAAGGUAACACCGGCCCCGUUUACAACAGUGUGAGUCAUCAUAUCGAAAAGAAAUAUAAACAAAAUGAUGAUGGAGUUGAACAUAUUAAAUUGAGUGAAAAUCCUAUUAUAGUGGAAGAUAUCAAUACAGCGGCAAGCAACAUCAAUAAUACCAUAGCUCUCUCCAACAGUACUCUUGUUAGACGCAACAACGAUAAAAAUUUAUCAAUCGUAUCGUUCAAUGAAGUUGAUAGCACCAAGUCUAGCAGUAGUAGUGCGAGAGAUGAGGAAGAUUUGAUAAAAAAACUGCUUUUAGAGCAGGGUAUCCUAGGAAAUCCGAAAACCGAAGUCGUUGGAAUUAACAAAAUUGGCCAGAGAAAUAGCAUUUAUAACUUCACACCGUCUUCAGUGGAUUACACUAAUUGGGUUCCAACUCGCAUGCACCCUAUAUCGACGUCAAUGACACCUCCACCUGUGAACACCCAAACAACAAGACUCUGGCCUCUGUCCAAACCAUCUCCCAAACCAAUUCAGAUAAUUGUUCCAUACACCACCGGCAAAAAGUCGAUUUCGGUCGCACAGGAUUGGUCAGUUAGGAAUGAUAUCAGGAAAACAAGCGAAGUAUAUACUACUUUGGUACCUGUGUACACACCGCCAAUGCCUACAGAACAGUCUGAUUGGUCCAAAUUCUUGGACGACUUCAAUUUUUCAGUUUCAACGAAAGCGAAUGGGAAACCUUUUUCAAAACCUACCACUGCAGUUUAUAAUAUCAAAGAUUUGCUGGGGGCUGAUUAUAAACAUAAUGGGGGCCAUAAAACACUACCAUACGAUAUCAUUUCGCUACAGAAAAAUAUAGAUGAUUGGACACACCAAUCUUUCGGGAAGAAUACUAGUGAAAAAUUUGUAAGAGCGGCGGCUCAAAAAAAUAUUCCGAAUGGUUUUUUCACCACCCAAAGGUCCAACUUUGUUGACGUCACUUCCAUCAGAAACGACUUAUUCGACUAUCAUCCUGCUAGUUCAACGCGAGAGGAGUCGUUUGUGAAUAGUGAUCGGGAUAUCGAAACAAAUCUUAUCAUUGCAGCUGAUACAACGACGGAUGCGUCUACAACUACUAGUGAAUCGACAACAACUUCAGUUUUUUCGAAAUACCAAAACUCCUUGUGGGAUGGAGCCAGUGUUACUGUGUCACCACAUACCAAAGAAAAAGUAUAUGUUGUGACUCCACAAAGUUACAGCUUCUAUACUUCAACUCCCGCGACAGCAUGGAGUUUAUCACCAAAGAUUGAGAACGGGAAAGACAAUAACGCCACAUUUGAGAGUCACAAAUUCAGUGUGAGGGUUGAACCUCAGCUCAGAGAGCCAAAGAAGAUGAGUGAAGAGGCGAACUCUGUUAAAGUUGUGUACAGCGAAUGGCCCCACAUAAUAAAUAACCUACAAACAACCACGAUUAGGCCAACAUCACGACAUCCACUUUUUGGAUUGAUGGAUAUUCCAGCGUACACCCCUCCUCCUAACACUACAGUGGAGACUAUCCUAGGUCAUUCAAAGGUCGUAACAUCUGUAACUCCAGUACUAAUAUCUAAGGAAAGCGAUACAGAGUACAAAUCAUCUACAACCAGUACAGUGUAAACAUCAUCAUUCAAUAUGUUUCAUCUGCACUGACAAGAUAGUGAUCAUUCAACUAACUUAAACAAUCACAUAAUGUCAUGAAGAAAGGACAGAUUUCUGUAUUGAGGACACCAGUGAUAGUGAUAGUGUUUACGAAACAAUGAACUGGGUGUUUUGAAUAUGCAUUCAACCACAUAAAAAAUUGAUUGAAAAUCCACAUUUUCAGUGAAAACAGAAAACAUGCUUCAACAAUGCUGAAUCGUAAUGAAUAGUUUUGAAAGUAUAAAAAAUAAAAAUUACUUCAUACUGUAGACUAUACAUCCGUGACAAAGGGAUCCUCUUUCUAUAUUUUCUCAGACUGGCUUACUUGAAGACUAUCAAGCCAAACAUUUAUUUUAUCAGCAAAAUACAAGUCCAGCGUUAGACCAAUAAAUGAUUUUCAUUGAGCAUCUUCCUUGGACAUGUCACUUGUUGUCAUCUACUGGAAUACCAGUAUUGGUUGAAACUGUAGAAAUGUUAUAGUUGAUAAUUAUAAACCAAAAAAAGGUUAACAUCCAAUUACUUGAAAUUUUUUUGUCUUUUCAUAUGUCUCUAUAUUCAAUUUUUUUUUUCUAUUUCUCAACAUAGUAUCUUAGAAAGUAUAGGCCCUGGUAAAGAUAGAGUUUUUUCUUAAAUCUAAAGAAAAUUUUGAACAUAAGGAAAAAUUAUUUAUUUAUUUACUUCAGAAUCGAGCAAACAUGAUAUAUGUCUGUUUAUUUUUCAUUCAUGUAACUGAUUUGUGAUAGGGUGAUAUCUUUUUUUAGUAUGUGGAAUUCUUUUUCUCUAUGUAUACCUUUUUUUGGAUUCAUAGAGAAACAAAUAUAUAUCCUGAUAAUUCCAUCAAUAUCAAAGAGAUUAACUCUCUUACAUUAUUUGUAAUACUUUGAUAUUCAAUUUUGUAGUUAUAUUUCAACAUGAACAUUCCAUCAGGAAGGUCGCCGCUAUUUUCUAAUGAAUUUCUGCAAACGAAUAGUAACCUCAAAGCUUCUUAUCUCUUCAACUAUAAUACUUACUCUAUAUGAUUUUGUUAGUCUUAGUUAGUCUUUAAUGAAGCAUAGUAUUCGUUUUUUGUUUGUUCAAUAUUUCCACGAAGAAAUGUAAAUUAUUCAUUUUUCUAUAAUCAAAUGAUAUUUGAUUAUAGAAUCGAUUACAGAUGAUACCAUGAUGUAGGCACAAGUUGGCUUCAUUGCAUAUGUACAACAGAAAAGAUUCCUGUCGUUUGUUUUCAUGAAAAUGGGAUUGUAUACUGUACAUAAUAUGAAUUUCUCAAGAUAAUCAACUUAAGCUCACUUUCGCACCUUGUAUAUUUUUAUUUGUAUAUAACUAUUAUUGAGAAUACAUCAAGAGAUGUGUGCUCUAUAAUAGUGACCAUGAAAUUGAGCUUAUCAAAAAAUAUUUAUUGUCAUUUAUGUUCUUACUGCAAUAUGUUACUUCCAAUAUAGUUUAUAAUAAAUUAUGAGUACAAAAACUA